AAUCUCAACUAUCAAUGGGAAUCCCCAGCCUCAACUGCUCAUGCCAAUCAUCCAAUAUAUCAUGCCCUCGAAGAACAAGCAGCUGAAGAAGCUGUUACACUUCUACUGGGAGGUCUGCCCGAAAUAUGACGAUAAUGGCAAGCUGAAGCAAGAGAUGAUUCUCGUAGUUAACGCCAUCCGUAACGACCUCCAACAUGCCAACGAAUACAUCCGCGGAGCAACCCUCCGGUUCCUCCAGAAGCUUGCUAAGGACGUCGAGAUUCUCGAACCCCUCGUCCCUCUCUGUCGCUCUUGUCUCGAACACCGUCACUCCUACGUGCGCAAGAACGCCGUCUUUGCUAUAUACUCCAUCUACCGCGAAUUCGAGCACCUCAUUCCCGAUGCGCCAGAGCUCAUCCAGACGUUCCUCGCCGCCGAGUCCGACGCGACGUGCAAGCGAAAUGCGUUCGUAUUCCUCGCGAACUACGCCAUGCCAAAAGCCGUGGAUUACAUUUUGCAGGUCUUCGACCAGAUUUCGGGCAUGGAUGAGAUGCUGCAGAUGAGCAUCAUUGAGGUCAUUCGCUUGGACUGCAAGACAGACACCUCGCAUAGAGCUCGCUACAUUCUUCUCAUCUCCGAGCUGUUGAACGCGUCUUCGCAUGCUGUCAAGUAUGAAGCUGCUACAACUCUUACCAGCCUGACGCAGAACCCUGCUGCUGUGAAGGCUGCUGCGUCGUGCUAUAUCAACCUGGUUACGAGGGAAUCUGACAACAACGCGAAACUGAUUGUCCUUGACCGUCUGGACACCCUCCGCGCGCGCCAUGGGCACGUCCUUGAUAGCCUGAUAAUGGAUAUCCUUCAAAUUCUGUCCAGUACCGAUCUGGAAGUCCGUCGGAAGGCCAUUGGCAUUGUCCUGAAUCUGAUUUCGAGCCGAAAUGUCGAGGAAGUCGUGCUCUUCCUCAAGAAGCAACUUCAACGGACACAGGAGCAGGAGUUUGAGAAGGCUCCCGAGUACAGGCAACUACUCAUUCAGUCGAUUCACGUAUGCGCCGUGAGGUUCUCCGAAGUCGCUGCGACUGUGGUGCACGCUCUCAUGGACUUCCUCGGCGACAACAACAAUCCCUCUGCUCUGGAUGUCGUCGCUUUCGUUCGCGAGGUCGUCGAGAAGUUCCCUCAGCUCCGGUCGACUAUCUGCGAGAAACUCAUCCAGGCCCUGAGUGAGAUCAAACCGGGCAAAGUUUAUCGUGGCGUGCUCUGGAUCCUCGGCGAAUAUGCCGAGUCAAGCAUCCAGAUCCAGCAGACAUUUCAGGAGCUGCGCAAGGUUCUUGGCGAGAUCCCCAUCCUAGCUUCGGAGCAGAAGUUACUUGAUGAAGCGGGCGCCGAAGACGAAGAGAAAAGUGAGGUGAAGACGGAGAGCACGAAGCCUAAAGUGCUCGCGGACGGGACGUACGCGACAGAGACAGCAUUCACGAGCGCGUCGAGCGUACGGCUUGAGGCGGUCAAGGCUGCUGCAAAGCCACCGCUGCGCACGCUUAUCCUCGGCGGAGACUUUUUCACGGGCUCGGUACUUUCCUCUGCGCUCACGAAGCUCGUUCUCAGGCAUACCGAGCUCGGCGACGAUAAGAAGGCCACGAAUACUCUCCGGGCAGAGGCAAUGCUCAUCAUGGCUUCGGUCAUUCGCGUUGGCCAAUCCAAGUUCGUGACCGUUCCUAUCGAUGAAGACUCGAGCGAACGGAUCAUGAACUGCAUCGGAACGCUGAGCGAGCUGCAAGAAAAGCCAGUCGUGCACGAGCUGUUCUUGAAGGACACGAAGACGGCGUACUCAAAGAUGCUAAGCGCCCAGGAGAAGAAGGCGGCGGAGAAGAAGGAGCAGGAGAGCGCCAAGCCUGCGGCGAUCCAGGUGGACGACCUGCUAACGUUCCGCCAGUUCUCGAAGAAGGUGGCAGAUGAUAUCAUCGACGACCGCGAGGACCUUGUCCGUGCGACCGGCACCGGAGAUGCGAAUGAGGACUUCAUUUCGAACCUGAGCCGCAUCUCUCAGCUCACUGGUUUCUCUGAUUCUAUCUACGCUGAGGCGUACGUCAAGGUUCACGGCUUUGAUAUUCUUCUUGACGUCCUGCUGGUCAAUCAGACAGCUGAUACGCUGCAGAACCUUUGCCUUGAUUUUGCUACGCUGGGCGACCUGAAGCUCGUCGAGCGGCCGUCGACGUACACUAUCGCGCCCCACAGCUUCCAGAGCAUUAAAGCGACCAUCAAGGUCUCUUCGACCGAGACUGGUGUGAUCUUCGGCAGCAUACUAUGGGAGGGCCCUGGCAUGUCCGAGCAGUGUGUUAUCCUGAACGAUAUUCAUAUCGAUAUCAUGGAUUAUAUUAAGCCAGCUUACUGCACAGAGGCUCAGUUCCGUAGCAUGUGGACCGAAUUCGAGUGGGAGAACCGUGUGAACGUCUCGACGGCCAUGUCCGACCCACGUGACUACUUGAAGCAUGUCAUGAAGGCAACGAACAUGUCAUGCCUCACCCCCGAAGGCGCGAUAUCUGGCGAGUGUGACUUCUUGUCGGCAAAUAUGUACGCCCGCAGUCUGUUUGGUGAGGAUGCACUAGCCAACUUGAGCGUGGAGCAGACGGAGCAAGGCACAAUCACUGGCCAUGUGCGAAUCCGUAGCAAAACGCAGGGCAUCGCGCUGUCCCUUGGGGACCGGAUAACAAUGGCACAAAAGGAUAACAAGCCGCCUGUGUAGACGCCAAUUUGACUACAAUUAUGUUUAUUGCACCUUUUUUCUUCUCUUC